AUGGCAGCCUUCGCCUCGACCAACUCGCCCAUGAUCGCCGCCCGAAAGGGCAUGAAGGGGCUGCCAGUGGUCCAGCACCCAAGGCCGGCUAACGCCCGAGUGGCCAGGGUGGUGUGCGCGAGCCAUCAGAAGGACGCCCUCCUGGCGGCCCCCGCCCUGGCGGCCGCCCUCACCGCCGCGCUGGCCGCGCCUGAGGUCGCCGAUGCCGCCACCGUGAACGCAUCGGUCAGCGCCCUCCUCAACUCCGUCUUGGCGGGCGGCGUGGUGGCCGGGGGGAUCGUCGGCGCCGUGGGCCUGAUCGCCAACUUCGACCCCGUCAACAGGCGCCGUUGA